AUGACAAAUCCACGAGAACAAGUGAAUGCAAUAACACUAAGAAGUGGAACAGUCUUGGGAGAGGUUGAGAAAGAAAUGAAGGAUGCGACUUCACCAAGUAAAGUGAAGGAAGAUUCGGAUGAAGAAGUAGAUGAAGAGAUCAUUACUGAAGAAAAACCACCCAGCCUUGGGAAAGAUGAACAAAAGCAAAGGAAAGAGAAAUUGCCAAUUUUUGAGACACCACCGGGAUUAGCACAUCACAGUCCUCUGACGAAGCGUAGUACCCGAAAGCGUGGUAAAAGUGUGAUGAAUGAGAGAGAACCUUCUAACCCAUCAAAAGCUACGCCUCCUCCCUUGGAUGAAGCUAGAAUUCGGGGAAUUAUACAACAAGUUAUGGCAAAAAGCCAAGGGAGAGUUGGGACCCCCGUACAAGAUCGUCAGAAGAGUUAUGCCAACUUGAAAAGAAAAGAAGUUGAAUUCCAAGUGGGUGAUAAAGUGUUUUUGAAAGUUUCCCCCUUUAAGCGAGUAAUGCGCUUUGGAAGCAAAGGGAAGUUAGCACCAAGGUAUGUAGGUCCGUUUGAGGUAUUGCAACGAGUGGGAAAGGUGGCCUACAGAUUGGCACUAUCACCUAGCAUGGACAAGGUACAUGAUGUUUUCCAUGUCUCGAUGCUACGAAAGUACGUAAGUAAUCCCUCCCAUAUCCUGAGAUUAGAGGACGUUGACCUAGAAGAGAACCUUGUGUAUGAAGAGCAUCCAAUACAAAUUUUGGACCGAAGGAUUAAAGAGCUCCGGAAUAAGAAUAUUCCAUUAGUAAAAGUCCUUUGGAGAAAUCACAAGGUAGAAGAGGCUACAUGGGAGGUAGAACAACACAUGCAGAAUCGUUACCCAGAG